AAAGUAUAACAUGAGAAAAAAAGGUGACGCUGUGGUUAGGAUAUGUAUACACAUCGCAAUAAUCGUGGAUCAGAAAAAGAGAAACCUAAAGAGAAGAUUAUGCAUUAUGCGAACCGUCUCCAGAACGAAUCCUUCACUGAGCUCCGCAAAUAAACAGCGGAAACGGCCUCUCCGCUCACGGGUGACACUGUUAAUCGUUAACUCUCAGAUGGCGAUCUGUGAACUAAAUUGCAUUCCGAUCACAAAGGAACGCAAUCACACACGGGCCUUCACACUGUCAUGACACUCAAAUUGGCUUUCCGACUUAUACAAACAGAAAAACCCCAGCAUCACAACAAAACAGCUGUUAAACAGUAAACAGGGCAACAUGAUGUGCGUUUGAUCGCAUUCUAUAAACCCGCUUUAAAGUAACGAAAAGGCAGACAGACAUACGCACACGCACGCCAUUAGGACAGAUACUUAAGGAUAGUCUGCAAGACUGACAAUCUGAAUCCCAUUCGGACCUGCACAUUUAACGCUGCGUCUCUCACUCACGCCGACUGCGGCGCCACCUUCUCUCUGGCGGCGGAGUGGGUGUCCCAGCACCCGCGGCACCUGCCAAUCGCAUUCCUGAGACGCGCUCACUUCUCAGCCUGCCUGUUCGAACUCGAGUUUACUUUCCCUGGCGGAGCCCCAUGUUGGGCUCGCCUAUUGCUCUCGUUACAUUACACGCCUCCUCGCAGCAGCCAUUGAGUCGCCGUGCUUUAUUUUUUUCCAUCUCGACUGGCAAAGCGACAAGAAGGAUCCGCCGCACGCAACAGGACCUGGCGGGUCGCAAAGGGGAGAACCGGCUCGUCGCAUCUGAAAUUAUGGUGACCCUGAGAGAGGGUACUGACAGCCUUUCAGAUCUGGAGCAAGAUGACUUGCUAUGGGAGAAAGUUGACAGUGUGCGGCACAAGCUGACCCGCAUUCUCAAUCCUGCCAAAGUCACGCCUUACCUAAGACAAUGCAAGGUGAUUGAUGAGCAAGAUGAAGAUGAAGUGCUCAACUCGGCCCAGUUUCCUCUCAGAAUCAACCGAGCCAGUCAUUUGAUUGAUAUUCUUCAACAGAGAGGGUGCAGAGGUUAUGAAGCCUUUAUGGAGUCUCUGGAAUUUUACCAUCCGGACCUAUACACUCAUAUAACUGGAAGAGAACCUACUCAACGUUGCUCUAUUAUAUUGGAUGAAGAAGGUCCAGAGGGGCUAACUCAGUUCCUCCUGGAGGAGGUGAAAAAGCUACGGGAACAGCUGAAAAAUAGCAAGCUAUGCGAGAAGCGCCUGUCUCAGCGCUUUCGUAUGGUCGAGGAAGAGAGGCGACAUGCAGAGCAGAGGCUGAAGCAAAUGCAAGAGGAAGAAGCUGUCUUUAACCGCGUACGAAGCGACUGGGAGGCUAGCAGUCAAGAACUGAUGCGUGUCAAAGAGCAGAACUACUCUCUUGCACUGAAGUAUAGCCAAGCAUUACAGGAAAAGGCAGAUGCUAUAAUUCGGGCAAGGGAUCUCCAGCUUCAGGUGGAUCUUCUGAAAAACAAGCUACUGUUACUGGAAGGGGAAAUCAGCCCUACCCCACAAAAAUACCAUAAAUCUGAUAGUCUGAGCCGGAGCAACAGCUCCACAAAACUCCAGGAGGACAACCAGAAACUGCGCAGUCAGCUGAGUGAGCUGCAAAACACCAUAGAGAGAGGUACAGGUAGUCAGGUCCUCCUAGACAUCUUGGACCAGGAUCGCCGUGAAGCCCUGGAGAAUCGACAUGAUCUGUGCAAUACCAUCAACUGUCUGCAGACAGAACUUGAGAGAGUUGAAAGCCAACAGAAACAGCUGCUUCAGGAUCGUGAGAAAUUAGACCUGGAACUGCAUAUGCUGAAAACAGACCUAGAGAUUGAGAAGAAGAGGAAUGGCUCCUAUCAGAUGCAGCUUGAGGAGAUCGGAAAAGAAAGAGAUCAGGCUCUGCGCAGCCGUGAUGCCAUCCAGUUGCAGUACACAGAGUGUAUGCUAGAUAAGAGUGGCUUGCGAAAGCGUAUUGAAGAACUUCAGGAUGCCAAUGAUGAGUUGCUGAGGCGACGGCUGAGAGCCGAGAGGGAAAGAGAUCAUCUUCUGACCAAGGCCAAGUCCAAAAUCCCUUGUCUGCAUUGUAGUCAGAUCUCUCUGCUGUCUGAAGAGCCCUGCAGUGAACUUUGCUGCUCAGUGUAUGAGAGAUUAUCAGUGCCAGAGGACUCUGGUUUGGGCAGCUCUAUUGAGGACAAGGACAGACAUACUAAGGGGUUUUUAAGAGUACCGAAGCAUAAGUUUUCAGACAGUUCCUGCACAAACUCUGAGGAUUCCUUUCCCGAUAAUGAGGGUAGCGAGAAGGAUAUUAACCGGCUUUCCAUUUUCCCAUUCCCUCCUUGCUCUGGCUCCAUGCUUCGAAGGACAAGAGAAGACUACCUGCUAGACUCAGAUGCCAGGUUUGACUUUGACUCUUGGGAAAGUGAAGAAAAUCUAACAGUUUCAGGCCGAAAGGAGUCCCUGCUGUCAAUGUCCUGGAGCUCCCUAGCUUCCCAGUUCUUCCCAUCCGAUUUGACGGUAAUUCCGAAGAGCCCCAGCACCCCAAACUUGAUUGAACCCAACUCCUUUGAAUGCUCUCAAAAACCUCCCAGAAAAGAGCUGAGCUCUCCCACUCCAGUACAACGCAUAGGAGGACUGGCCGAUGACAUCACCAUUAUCGGGGGCAACCGCACUGGCAUGUUUGUGCGUCACGUGAAGUCUGGCUCAGUCGCUGAGCAGUGUGGCAUAUCAGAGGGAUGCCAGCUGAUUCAGCUGAAAAAGGUGCUGAUGGGAGGGGAAGACCUGCAGCUUAACUCCUGUACUAGGGAGGUGGCACAUUUCAGCCUGCAGUGGUGGACCGAACCCUCUGCUCUCAUCUUCAAGCCCAAUUUGGAAGAUUACAAGAGCCUAUGUGAAGAAAUGCAGAACAAAGAAUUGUUUUUUCCUGACUCAUUCUAUGUGAGAGUCAACUUAAACCUAAAUAAGCAGUCUGACAAACAUACGCUGGCUGUGAAGUGUGACGAAAUUCUCCACAUCCUUGACACUCUUUACGACGGCAAGUACCAGUGGUUCUGUGCCAGGGUGGAGGUGACAACUGGAAAGGACCAGGAAAUGGGAACUAUCCCCAACUACAGCAGGGCGCAGCAGCUACUUUUAGUAAAGCUCCGCACUUUGGCCCUGGGCAGAAAGGAUUUUAGACACAAGUUCACCAAGAAACCCACCGAGCAAGUACGCCUGGUCAAGACACCCAGCAGCCGAAAUGUGAGCUGUGUCGUCCCACUGCUGUUCACCCUUAACCACAAGCAAGAGGAGAACCUGAUUCCGUACAGCCUUGUUCGACCCACCCCCGUCAAGUCAAAACGUCCCAUCAUUUUCUCGCCUUCUCUUUUGUCAAGCGGCUUGAUUGAGAGGUUACUACAGCCAGCACAGUCCGGAUUAGAGUUCAACACCUGCCACCCAGAUGUAAUAGGAGCAACCAUCAAGGAUCCAAAAAUGUUGCCACUGGAUGGUGAGCAAAGCAGCCAACGACAUGGGAUCAAACUGGAUGCAAUACGUGACGUUAUGGGCCAGGAUAAACACUGUCUCCUUCGACUUGACAUCCAGAGUGUGACGGCUUUAAUUAAACAUGAUAUUUUCCCCAUUAUCAUUCACAUCAGACUCAAGGAGAAGAAGAUUAAAAGGAUCAGAAAGCUAUUUCAAGGCUCCUACGUCAAGUGUAAAGACUCCGAAAUCCUGUCUCUAUACAAAACAGAGGAGCAGCGUCUUGAGGUUCUGCCUCUCCUGCACUGCAACAUUGAACCCGAUAUGUGGGACACAGUGGAGGACUUGACAGCUGCAGUCCACAAGAAGAUACUUCAGGAGCAGAAAUCGAUGGUGUGGGUUGAAUGUGAAAAGUUCUAAAAAGGGUUUAGGGGAAUGGUCAGUAUUAUCACUGUGGUUGGGGAAAUUUUGGAAAUCAAGAAGGUGGCACUUCUGUGGGCUUCUUCUAUGGCUUUGCCUGCUGCAGUGGCUUUACUUCAGCUGGUACUUCAUCUCCUAUCUGAACUUUCAAACUAGGUUAACACUGCAGUUAAACGAUAUUUAGGUGUCUCAAUCUUUCACUCUCAAGAACAUAUUCAUUAAUCUGCUGUGAUGAACUUGAUGUACAGUGUUUAAUAAUUUAGAACACCAGCAUUACAUUACAUGCAGCAUAAAACUUUAUGAAGUGGGAAGAACAGGAGUUCAAAAUAAAGCCACUAUAGAUGGGUCAAGUAACUGGUCAGAAAUUAUUUAACAGCGUGUCUCAUACAAGUUGUAUGAACAUAGUAAGUGGCUGAAAGCUUUUGCCUGAGGGGAUCAUCUUAAAUUGAUAGCUGUGUAAAUUAGCUUAAUUACAGCUUGUAAGCUUUUUAAGGGUAGCCAAAAAAAUAAAAAUUCAUGAGCCUCUUGACAGGUGGUGGAGUGAAAAGAAACACUCAUUGUGGGUCACCACUGGUAAUGCAGUCCCAAUGGGUGAUGUGAUGGAAAUUCUAGGACAGCUGAAUAGGAUUAAUUACCUUAGCUGCACAUCCCAGCCCAACUAAAGAAAUUCAUAAAUAAAUAAUCUUCGGCCUGUUCCCACGCUCUUCAUGCAAUUCACUGUCGAUUUCUCUGUUAUGUAUAGAUAAGGAUUCUUGAACUUCAGUAGCUUUUCACAUCUAUGCGAUUUUUGCUUUAAAUUCAAGAAUGAAAUUCUUGCGAUGUGUUCAUAGUAUCAUGCAAUCCUGUCUUGCGUAUCUCCUACAGACUAGUAAUAGCAGUGAUACCAACAAUAGAGACUGAGCACAACACCAUACAUUAAGGGCAACAUCCAGGCAAGGCAUAUCAAUGAAAAACACCCAUGCAUUUGUCAGUAUAAGUGUCUGUUGAGUCGUCUAAUGGCUCGAGGUGGCGUGAGUACUAAUACUUGUGUAGGGUCGCCAGAACAGACGACUUAGAGAAGUCACUACGCAGAACUGCUGAGGUACAGUAUUUAGGGAUGGCAACUCCAAGUAAUUAAAAGCUGCUGACCUUCUCCACCGCCUUCCCUUCGGUGUUGAUUAGAGUUUGGUCAUCAGACACCUUCCUAAUGUCUAUGUCUAGCUCUUUGGCUUUCCCGGCUUUCUAUAAAUGAUAAAAGGACUGCACCAGCCAGUAACGGUCCGGGUUAGCUCCACAGUCCCUGGCAGCUUGAACCCGGAACCGGUGAUAAGAAAACUGAGGAUGAGCCAGGCAAAUGAGGACACACACACUCAGCAAGAAGCAGUGUAAAGUGUUUCAGUGCUUUUAUUUAAAACACUGUCCACUCUAUAAAUAAAUAAUCUGUAAAAGUGGAGGAUGCAAAGUGGAGGUUAAAAUCAAAUAAAUAACCAUUUAAAAAUGAGUUUAGAACACAUGCAGGUCUUCCUUUAUAAAAACCAUGAGCCCCAGUGCCUCUUUGUAAAAUGAAAGGCCAUAAGAGCCUUGCAGUUCGAAGAGAUGCCCACCGACAGUGUAGUCAACCAUUAAAAUCCGGCUCGUGUCCCUCACUGCUAUUCCCCGAUCUUACACGGGGGACCCCAUGAUCCCUGCUCCUCGAUAUCUUCCAAAGUCUACACCGAGCACAUGGGUCACCUCUGCUCUGUGAAGUGCUCAACAGGUGUGACCCUCUUCUGCCGUAUUGAGUGCGGACACACUCCCAAUCAUCUGCCUACAUCCCAAACAGCACAGGUUCUCCCGAUCCUCCUUCUCGCAAUCCUUUCCCUUAACCUCCAUUCUUUUUGUUUUUUUUCCCCCUAUUUUUUUCCCUUUCGCCAUGCAGACUCCCUUUUAUGCACCAAUUGGGUGCAGACGCUACAAUUAUUCGCUCCACGGUGUGAGUGAAGCACCUGACCUAUCCACCAGCCUUUAAACAUGAACGCGCGAUCAGCCAGGCACCCCAGUCAACCACGGAACGCCGCAUGCAAGUUCACACUCCCAGACUCCAGACUAUAUUUUUAACAUGCACAACACCACAAACUUCUCUCAUCACAAGGCCUUUGAUGAAAUACCCUUGAUCACAAAUUUGAUAAUUUCAUCGUAAUACCUAAAGGCUGUUGGAACAAAUGAUUGCCUUAAAAAAAUUACUCUUGUUAUAAGCUUGAAGAAUUUCAUUUUUAGGUGCGUUCACAUACAGUAUAAUGUGAGAAGCACCUACUGUGGUAGCCAUGUCUGCCUGUUUGUCCACAUGAAUCAACAUAGCCUAAUUUUGUUAUAAUUUGGUGCAGUUAUUGUCAAGACAGGUCACUUUCUGUUGAGACACCUCGAACAGAUCAUGCUGUAUAAAGUUUUUGAAAUUUCAGAAUCUGAAAAACAUAUCCAGAUAUGACAGGGCCACGGUGAUAUAAAGAUUUUUAGUUGAGUUUCACUUCACAAUAAUACUCUUCACCCCCAGACACAGCUCAGAUCCUGAAUGUGGGCUAUAUUAAAAAUGAAUAAGGUUCUUAUCUUCUUUCUCAGGGGAAUUAUAAGUUGGGAUUUCAGAAACUGAAACAGAGCUGCAUCUCCCACUUAACAGGUACAUGUAUGGGAGUUCAGUUUAACUCGCAGAUUCCUAGUAUGUAUCCAUCCUUCCAUAUUCGAGUACUAAUAUAUGAAGUAGGUGCCCAGCGUUUUAUCUAUUUAAUUAAUGAUAUGGCUGCAUUAGCUGUCAUCUUGUGGCUCCUUGUCUUCAAGAAAUCGAUCUUCCACAUGUUCAUGUGCAGAGUCACCAUUCAAUUCAGUAAAUAUUUUUAGUGAUAGUGCUGUAUUGUAUUAAAAACACUCCUAAGU